AUGAGUGAAACGAACGCCAGCACCGCGCUGGAAACAAAAUUAGUUCAAUUGCAACUGACGACGAAGCGAACGGAUGGAAUCCUAGCAAAAUCCGAAGAGGAACCUAUCACGCGACACCAAGGAACACUAAGAACUGUUGUCCGUGAAAUAGAGACACUAAGGCUCAAGGUUGAAGCCGAGAAAUUGAGCAGAAAAGAGGAUACUACCGAGUGGAGCGAGGAAAUUGAUGCCAAAAUCAGCGAGGCAGAUGGUCAUGUAAGACUGACGAAAGACUGGUUGGCGGAAAACAAGAGGAAGCUAGAAGAAAUCGAGAAAGAAGAAAGAAUAAAGUUCGAGGUAAGGCUGCAUGAGACUAAAGUAAAGUUACAAGAGGAACAUAUUGUUAAAAACACCUCGCAGACGAGUAAAACUAUGAUUGGAAUGCAAGCAAAAUUGCCAAAAUUGGUCAUCUCAAAAUUUAGUGGUUCUCCUAUGGAUUGGCCACGCUUUUGGGGACAAUUCUCAGAGAACAUUGAUCAAUCCAAUAUUGCCCCAGUGACCAAGUUCUCUUACCUUCGCGAGUUGUUAGAGCCUAAGGUUCGGCAGACAAUCGAAGCUUUGCCCUUUCACAGCGAGGGGUACAAUCGAGCGAUAAGCAUUCUGAAAGAUAAGUUUGGGAAAGAAUCUGAAAUUGUGAAAAGCUACUCGCGCGAAAUACUCGGGUUGCCCACAAUACAAAGUACUGAUCACAAAAAGAUUCACGAGUUUAGCGAAAAACUGUCGUAUUGCGUUCAAGCUUUGCAAACGUUGAACAAGCUUGAGGGGGUAAAUGGCGCCGUGCCAAUGACACUCGAUAAGCUGCCUUGCAUUCGAGGAGAUUUAGUGCGAACGGAUUCAGAAUGGGAGGAUUGGAACUUCGCUAAACUAGUUGAAGCACUUAACCAGUGGUGUCGAAGAAACCCAAUCGAGAAAGCGCCCGAGCGAAACGACGACUUGUUACGUGGCAAGAGGAGAGAGAAGCUGUUCCACGUCUCUCGUCAAAGAUUAAAUCCACGUAAUUGCGUCUAUUGCGACAGCGGCGAACACAAAACGAACGAUUGCACAAAAGUACUUCUGACGUCAGCCCGUAAACAGAUACUUGCCAAAAAACGAUUAUGUUUUAAUUGCGCCGCGGGCAAUCACAAAGCCUCUGAGUGCCCGAGUAAAGCCACUUGUAGAAAGUGUGAAGAGAGACAUCACACGUCCAUCUGUGAUUCUCACGACAACAACAACGACGACCAGGCCUCUCGCAAAAAUUCAAACGUCGCCAUGACUACGCGCCAAAAAAGCAAAGCGGUGUUCCCUGUGGUAGUCGUGCAAGUCAAUGGAAUUCGAUGCAGAGCUCUGAUAGACUCGGGAGCCGGGAGUUCCUAUGUGUCUGCAAAACUAAUAAACUUGCUCAAAUUACAACCAUCAAAAUCCCUGAUCAAGAACAUUGACAUGUUGAUGGCCUCUAAGUCCACCAAACUCGAGAUAUAUGAUUUGAAAUUUGACUCGCUAGACGGUUCGUUCAGUCUUCCCGUGAAGGCUACGAAGGUAAACAAAAGUGAACUUUUGCUGAUCGAUAACCCCAAUUACUCGAGAUUGAUAAAUAAGCACCCUCAUUUAGCGGGUGUCACCAUAAACGAUGACGACGUCAAGGAGACUCUGCCCGUCCAUGUCAUUCUGGGGAGCGGGGAGUACUCAAAGAUCAAAACGCAAACCAGACCGAGAAUCGGAGACGAGAAUGAUCCCAUUGCCGAGUUGACCAAGUUCGGUUGGUUUCUGAUGGGUCCUGGGUAUGAGUUUGAAAGCAACGUGAUGUUAAUGACUCAGACCUCCCACGCCGAGUAUGAGGAACUGUGUCGAUUAGACAUUCUUGGACUCGAGGAUACCUCCCAACACGACCAGUCGGUGGUAUUUGCUGAAAAAGAGCACUAA